AUGGCCGCGCUGUCCACAUCGUCGUUGUUUUCCCCGCCCAUUGGGACUCAACGAGACUCUCGGUACAGCGAAACGCAAAUAGCCACGGCCAAUGUUGCAUGUAAAGGCCUAAGUAGCAAGUCUCUUGCCCGUUGGUUGCAUGAAGAGCAGCGAAGUCACUUGGAACUUCUUCAGGCUGCAUGGUCACUUUCGCUUCGGUCUUAUACUGGCUCUAACGAUCUCUGGUUUAGCUGCCUGGAUUCGAAAAGAAAUUGCUACUCCCAUGUUUCGCCGGCGCAGCCUGUGCGAAGCCUCUUCAAUAUACGCCGUGUUGAGUUACACGAGGAAAAUCGCACGACCAGUCAGGGAGCCAACUCGGCUGUCUAUGUUAAUGAAGGACAUGAAGAUGAUUGUGACAAUGUAAGACUUUACGACAUCAGAGAGUUUGAUCUCGCCGUGUAUUUCUCGCCAGGGACAGAGACACAAUCCCCUGGCAUUGGGAUUCACCACAAACCAUCUGUCAUUUCAACAGAUUUGGCUACAAUGAUUGCAGAAACAGUAGCUAGGGCCAUCGACCAAAUAGUCCUCCACGUUGACUCUCAGAUUGAAGUUCUCGACAUAUGUAGUGAUGCAGACAUCAACCGUCUAUAUCAUUGGAAUAACAUAUCAGGUGAUGAAAUAUCCCCCAGGCACUGCAUACAUCACAUAAUCUCUCAAAGGUGUGCUGCGCAGCCAGAGUCCAUUGCUGUGUCAGCCUGGGAUGGGCAGCUUACCUAUGCAGAGUUGGAUAGCCUGUCAUCAGCUCUGGCAAUCCGACUUCAACACCUUGGGGUCCACCCAGAAGUCUUCGUUCCCCUCGUAUUUGGGAAAUCAAAAUGGGCAGUCAUCGCCCUUUUAGGUGUCUUGAAAGCUGGUGGCGCUUACUUCUUUCUUGAUCCCUCCCAUCCAAUAGAGUAUAGCCGCAGCUUGUGCUCAUCAUUGUGUCCCGAAAUUGUGGUAUCCUCACAGAGACAGAGCACGCUUGCCAAGUCCUUCGCUGGCAAGGUCAUCCCACUUGGAGGGGAAUCCUGUGAGCUUCUGGACUCAUUCGCUAUCGAUGAACGACACCCACAAUCGACAGCGGAAACAAACACUUCCAACGCCAUGUACAUAACCUUCACUUCCGGGACUACCGGUACGCCGAAAGGCAUAAUCACUGAGCAUUCGGCCUUUUAUUCCAUGGCCAUGGCCAAUGGUAAAGCACUCCGUGUCACAGCUACAACGAGGAUGUUACAAUUUGCAUCGUACACAUUCGAUGUGAGCAACCGCGAUAUGCUUAUCACACUUAUUUUUGGCGGAUGCAUCUGCAUCCCUUCGGAGAGUGAUCGCAUCAAUGACCUCUCUGGGUUUAUAAAUCGCCAGUCUGUCAGCUUAGCAAGCCUGACGCCGUCUAUGGCCAGUACCCUGUCUCCUGCUGCAUGUCCGAGCCUUCAAGGCUUGGUCCUUGGAGGAGAGCCUAUGACCGAUAGCCACAUCUCUUCUUGGGCCAACCACGUGCGGCUUUUCAAUGCCUAUGGGGUUAGCGAGAGUACUGGAAUAGCAGCGUUGGCAUCAGACAUCCAACAAGGCUCUUCCCCAGGCAAUGUAGGUUUUGGAUGCGGAUCAACGUUAUGGGUCGUCGCGAUUGACCAGCCCGACAAACUGGCACCAAUUGGCGCUUUGGGAGAAUUGGUUAUUGAGGGCCCAUCCGUGGCCCGUGGCUAUAUGGGCGACAAGAAGCGGACUGAGAAGCAGUUCACGUCAAAGCCAGCGUGGAAGAAAAGAAUUCAUGAACAAUUCGGCAAGACUCAUUCGGGGAAGCGGGCCUUCCACACAGGCGAUUUGGUGAGGUACAAUCUUGACGGGUCGCUGCAUUUCGUGGGCAGAAAAGAUCAUCAAGUGAAGGUUAACGGACAGCGACUGGAACUGACGGCAAUUGAACAUCACAUAGCAGCCUGCGCCGAAGUCGCCAACUCCGGCUUUCUUCAUACAGCCGUCGUCGCUGCCAAGAGUAAGGCAAACGGCUCCAAGCUUCUCGCCUUUCUGGGCCUUGAUACGACUAGAGAGCCAAAUAGUCCGUCUCAAAUAGUGUCAAAGCAGUUGAAGGACAUGGAAGCCCUGAAAGCAGCCCUCAAACGACACCUUUUGCAUUGCUUACCGACAUAUAUGGUUCCAGUGGAUUUCAUCUUUCUGGAACACAUGCCACUCACGACAUCGGGAAAAGUCAAUCGACUCCGUCUACAGGAAACAGCUGCAUACGUGUUCUUCGACCAUCAGAAGAGGACUCUUGAUGCAUCCGAUUCAAAUAACAACCAUAUCACAGCCACGCCCAAAGAGAAAGUUCUUAUCCAUUCUUGGGCCAGGAUUCUAGGCAUUAAAAAUGCAAGCAUCAUGCACCAUGACUGCUUCUUUCGGAGCGGAGGGGACUCCAUUGCAGCCAUCAAAAUGGCUGCCAGCCUUCGCCAGGAAGGGUUUAUUAUAUCAGUGUCUGAUAUCUUUAAGUUUUCGACCUUGUCGGACAUGGCGUCAGUGCUAGUCGAAGACAACAAGCCUUUCCCACCAGCAGUGCCUGCCUCUUUUUCAUUAAUAGACAACUCCCAGACUGUGCUUGAUGCGAUUUUGGAAGAACUCGGUACAAGUAUUGACCAGGUCGAGGAUGUAUACCCAUGCACGCACAUGCAGCAAGGGCUAAUAGCCUUGACGGCGCAAAAACCUCAUGCAUAUAUUGGCAGCUACACCUGGCAGCUGACCGAUACGCUGGAGGAGGAGAGAUUCAAGGAUGCAUGGAAGGCGGUUUGGUUCCACAAUCCAAUCCUUCGUACUAGAGUCGUGCAAACGCCGGAUGGUGUCUUUCAGGUUGUCAUGAAAACUGAUAUGCCGUGGAACACUGUCACUGAUAUUACUGGUUGUGGAGAUGAGAAGCAAAUCAUGAAAGUUGAUAUUAGCCAUGGGCCACUUAUCCAGUUUUAUUUCAACAAAGAGUCGUUCCGGCUAGAUAUCCAUCAUGCUUUGUUUGAUGAAUGGUCUCUUGACCUGAUCCUGAGACAAGCUGAGCGCGCAUACACCGGGGAAAGGCUUCAUACGCAACCAUUCAGUCCGUUCGUUCAACACCUUCUUCACGAACGUGAUACUACCAUGGAGGACUUUUGGCGUCAGGAAUUCUCUUGCCUUCAGGCCGAGCAUUUCCCAGCUAGCGCUGCCAGCCCAAUCAACGUUGAACAUGCGACUGAGAAAGUAGUCCUAGAACAUAGCCUGCAACUUGAGAUCGGAAAUUCUACCAAGUAUACGCUCUCGUCCGUCUUACGGCUUGCAUGGGCAAUUGUCCUGUGGCACCAAACGGGCAGUGAAGACGUGCUUUUUGGAGCCACUGUCAGUGGCCGUAACGUGAACAUUGACGGAAUCGAUCAAAUUAGCGGACCAACCUUGGCGACACUGCCUGUGCGCAUCAGACUGCCAACGAGCCAACCUGUCCAUGAGGGUCUAUCGCAGGUUCAAGACCAAUUUGCCAACAUGAUGGUUUAUGAACAAACGGGAUUGUCGCGUAUUCGCCAAGCUGGGAGAGAAUCUGCUGAGGCAUGUAACUUCCAGAAUCUACUUGUCGUGCAACCGUAUGAGCAGCAAACCACAUCUCUUAUGUUCAAAACGUCAGCCAACACAGCAUCUUCUUCCGAAAAUGCGAAGGCCUUUUCCAGCUAUCCACUGGUGUUAAUAUGCCGUCCAGAAAAGACUGGAAUCAGCAUGAAAGUAAUAAUUGAUCCUUCUGCUCUAGCACCCGCCUCCGGACAUAGUAUUCUCAGACAGAUGUCGCAUGUUAUCCAGCAGCUUAUGACUUCCGACUCAAUACGCAUCACAGAUGUUAGUCUGGUACCUCCGGAGGAUAUGUCUAUCUUGAGAGAAUGGAAUCAUUUUCUCCCGAAAGCUGUGGACACUUGUAUCCACGAUCGCAUUCGGCAAUUAUGUAUUGCACAACCUGAGGCACUUGCUAUUCACUCUAACGAUUUAGACCUGACGUAUGCGCAGCUUGAGAAUUAUUCCAAUCACUUUGCGCAGCAUUUGGUAAGCACAGGGGUCACGCAAGGCGACUUUAUACCUCUCUUAUUAGAGAGAUCACCUUGGGUUCCGGUUAUCAUGCUAGCAGUUCUGAAGACUGGCGCUGCUUUUGUGCUACUGGACCUUUCCCACCCUAUUCAGCGGAUGCGAACGAUGUGUUCUAUGCUUAAUGCUAGAAUUGUGGUUUCCUUCAAGGAGCACACCCAUAUGAGUGAUAAUCUUUCGCUUCCUAUCAUCAACUUUGACCCAAAGGUUCUUGUACAGAAUCUGGGUAAACAAAUCAUAGGCUCUGCGUCUAAGCCACCGGAUGCAUUUGUUACACCAGAUGCCCCUGCUUGUGUUGUCUUCAGCUCGGGGUCUACCGGGCUGCCUAAAGGCAUCGUGCUUCACCAUAGUGCCCUCACCACAAGUGCGGCAGUCAUGCGUGACCAUGGCAUGCUUGCCCCUAACAGUCGCGUCUUUCAUUUCGCCUCCUUUGCGUUCGACAUUAGCAUUGGCGAAAUCCUCUUCACCCUUGCGGCAGGAGCAUGCAUCUGUGUUCCCUAUGAGGAGGAUCGAAGGGGGAACCCCGCAAAAGCAGCAGGCGACCUGCAAGUAACCUGGGCACUUCUAACUCCGUCUGUGAUUAAUCUGUUCGACCCAUUGGAUGUCCCCACCUUGGAAGUCUUGGGGUCGGCUGGUGAGCCUCUUACUCCACACAUUGUGAACGUGUGGGCUCACAGGGUAAAUCUCUUCGGGAUGUAUGCACCGGCCGAAUGCACCGUGAUCUCUCAUAUCGGGCGAAUCUUGCCCGACACUCAUCACUCCAGUAUAGGUCGAAGCCCUGGAGCGGUGUCUUGGGUAGCUGAUCCGUCCGACCACAAUCGGCUGGUCCCUAUCGGCACAGUUGGUGAGUUGAUCGUCGAAGGCCCCGUCGUUUCGUCUGGGUAUCUCAACGAUCCGGAGAAAACAAACAAAGUCUUCAUCACCAGCCCACCUUGGCUCACUGACGUCCGUUCCUUCUCCGGAAGGCUGUAUAAAACGGGAGAUCUCGUCAGGCAGACCUCUGAUGGCUCACUUCUGUUUGUCGGAAGGAAAGAUGAUCAGGUAAAGUUGCACGGGCAGAGACUUGAAGUAGGAGAAGUCGAACAUUGCAUAAUCUCCUCAAGCACAGCCAUCAGAACCGCUGCUGUUGAGUGUAUCAAGAUUCCGGAGCAAAACAACCGAGUCUCGCUGGCUGCAUUUAUUUGCCCACAAACCGAUGGAGAUUGGGGACAGUCCUUUGACGCUGGGUCUGGUGGUUUGGAAUUGGUUGGGCCACCAAGCGAUCAGUUUUACUCGACUAUCCAAGCCUUGGAAACAUCUCUAAAAGAGCUACUUCCGGCAUACAUGGUUCCAUCCUUCUUUAUACCGCUUGCUGAUGUUCCCCUCACCCUGUCGGGGAAAGUGAAUCGGCGUCUACUCCGGAAUGAAUCCACAAGCUUGUCACUGAAGAUCCUGGAACAAUAUCAACUGAGAAACAGGACUGCCCCCGCAGAAGAAGUUCCUAUCACGGCGCUUGGUCGGGAAAUUCAACAAAUCAUUGGCCAAACACUCAAUGUGGAUAUGCAGUUAAUACCCAUGAGCAGUAACUUUUUCGGCCUUGGGGGAGAUUCAAUCUCGGCUAUGCAAGUCUCCAUGCUUGCAAGACGCAGAGGGAUAUGCCUGCCCGUGGCGGAUAUUUUCACGGAACAAAUUCUUUCAAGAAUAGCUUCGAAGUGCACUAGAGAUCAUGAAGAUACCAACAAGACCUCUAGAAACAAGCCAUCUGGACCAGCCAUGAAUUUAUCACAUCACCGUGAUAUUGCCUAUGAGAAACUCCUUCGUCGUUUGCCGCAGGAGGUUGCCGAUAAUAUUGAGGAAGCCCUGCCUGCCACUGAAUUCCAGGCGAUGACGCUCCGUAACUUUUACAGCCGAUAUCUCUGGAUCUCCCUGCCCGGUGAGGUUGAUCAAGAGCACCUACUGAAUGCAUGCAAUCAGCUUGUUCAAAAACACUCCAUCUUGCGCACUGUCUUUUACACAAAGGAUGAGAAGUCUGUUGCACAACUGACCUUGCGCAAAGUUCACGUCAGCUUCAUUCAUUAUGAUAACAUCGAAAACUUGGACGAACAUUGCGCAGACGAUUCUCUUGCCAUGGGAGUGCCUAUAGAUGGCGAACCGGGAUUUCAGGUACAGCUUGUGACCUUGAGGGACGCAGGGAAGUUUCUAGUUCUGCGAUUACCCCAUGCACUGUUUGAUGGGCUUUCGUUGGAUAUCAUUUGCAGUGAUCUCAGUUCUGCAUACGGCGGAAAUGUACUUCCACCUUGUGCCCAGUUUGCGGACCACGUUCGACAUGUCUGGGAGAAAAAGACCCCCGAAACCUACAACAUAUGGAAAGAAGUACUGGGAGAGGCCCCAAUGACCAGCUUGAACAACAAGUUCUUGCAGAGUUGGAAUAGACUAGGCAAGAAUGAGAUCCCACAAAUGGGCACAAAUUCGGAACAGCCACGAGUGGUGACAGCAAUAGCAGAGACUAUACCAAUCUCGCCUCCACCCAAUACCACCAUGGCAACAUUGGUCAAACUGGCGUGGGCAAUCACACUCUCCCGAUUAUUUACCUCAGCCCAGGAAGAGAAUGGAUGCAAACAGGGCUUGAACGAUGUUGUCUUCGGCCAGGUCGUGCAUGGUCGAGGACUUGGAAUUUCCCACGAAGACCGCAUUGUCGGUCCGUGUCUCAACAUCAUCCCUGUGCGAGUUCGCUUUCCUCCGCGAUCCAAUAAAUUUGAGCUUCUUGGUCAGGUCCAGCAGCAGCACAUUCAAACCAUGCCCGUUGAGAAUCUUGGACUGGACGAAAUCGUCCAUAACUGCACAUCUUGGGAGGCUGGAACGAAAUUCGGCAGCUUUGUGAGGUUCCAAAACUUCACCAACAAUGACGACUCGACUUGUUCCUUUGAUGGACAUACCUGUGAAACAGGUCUCUAUAGUCUUCCCAAUCGACCAUCUGCCACGGCCAAUGUGCUUGUUGUCCCUCAUGGACCCACGUUGACGAUCACCAUGACAAUAUCUAAUCAAGUAUUGGAUAGAGAGUCUGCAGAUUAUGUAGUAGGGUACUUCAGUGAUGUUAUCGGAAGCCUGGCAAGUGAAGAGGCAGUCUGCGAAUACCUUGUAUGA